UACAAUACCUCACUAAGCACGUGGAUACUUGUUCCAAAUAGAGACGUUCUCAUCCCAUUGAAAUCAUGUCGUCUGUCGAAAAUUGUUUACCUGAAGUUCAAAAUAAAACUCGUUCAAAUCAAGGAAAUGAUGAUUCCAAGAAAACAAAGUUAUCUGCUAUUACCGAAACCGUUCUCGCUUGGGACAAGAAGGUACCCCAUACUGCAUCGGAGCAGUUCCGAAAAAGAAUAGCCGAAAAAUACAACAUUACAUUAGAUAAUUACUGGGAUUUGCAUAAAUGGAGUAUUGAUCAUUUUGAGCAGUUUUGGGAAGAAACCUGGAAUUACUUUGGUUUUAUUGCAUCGAAAUCUUAUGAUCAAGUUUUUAAAAGGACUGGAGAAGGCUUUCUAGACGUCGAAUGGUUUCCAGGACUGCUUUUUAAUGCAGCAGAAAAUCUUUUGAAAAUACGAGAAAAUGAUCGAACAGCUAUUAUAUAUUCAGAUGAAUCAGGUUACGAAGAAAGAGUCACAUAUGCUGAAAUGUUUGAGCAAGUUAAGUUAUAUGCUGCAGCGUUUCGAAAGCAUGGUUUAAGGAAGAACGACAUUGUUGCAUGUUACAUUUCUAACCGAAAGGAAGCCGUCUUCACUUAUCUAGCAGCAGUCAGUAUAGGAGCAAUAUUUAGUGGUCCUCAACCUUAUUUCGGAGCUCAGGCAGCAUCGAAUAUUAUUCAGAAGCUUCAACCGAAAUUUUUGAUUUCCAUCGAUCAUCACACUGACAAUGGGAUCGAAUAUCACAAUAUUGAUCACUUGCCAAAAAUAUCAGAAGAUACUUUAUCUCUUGAAAAGAUCGUUAUAAUUCCAUCAAGACCAGAGACUUACCAGCUUGAUAUUUCGAAUAUUCGAAACAGCUGCUUCUUAAGAGAAUUUUUAGAGAGUGGCAUGAAUCCAGAUGGAACAAUACCGGACAUAAAAUUCGAACAACUUCCAUUCAGUCAUCCUGUCAGUAUCAACUUCACAUCAGGCACUACAGGACUGCCCAAGGGACCAGUACAUUCUGCAGGGACAAUGAUGAAUGAAUUGCUCAGUUUUGUAUUCUACUGGAAUCUGAAACCAGGGGAUGUCGUCUUCUCCUGUUACCCGGUUGGAUGGACUCUAUUUAAUAUUUACGUAAAUGGUUUUGCUUGUGGUGUGACACUAUUUCUCUAUGCUGGAAGUCCCUAUUUCAACAGAAACGGAUGCAAUUUCUGGGAUGUACUUGCUCGCUACAAAGUCACGUCUGCUUUAUUAAUUACAUCGGCAGUGGAUAAAUUAGAAAAACUUGAUGCAAGACCAAGUCCAGAUUCAAAUUUAGAAUACUUAAAAUGCAUCACAAUCGGGGGAAGUCCCGUUAAGAAGGAAAAUAUUCUUUAUAUCCAAAACAAAGUGAAAAAAGAUGUAUUUGUAGGAGCUCAAUAUGUAAAGUGCUUCCCAUUUUUAAAAAUAAUUGCAGGUGAAUCUGUUACUGGUGAAAGAGGGGAAUUAGUGUUAGCUAAGCCUACUCCUUCUCUCCUUACUCACAUCUUCCAAGAUAAUGAUAACACCAUAGUGAAAAAGACUUACCUUACCAAAUAUCCAGGUUACUGGUGUCAACACGAUGAAGUAUACAUAAACCCUAAAACAAAAGGUCUCAUUGUUAUAGGCAGAAGUGAUGAUACAUUGAAGCAAUACGGUGAACGCUUUGGUGCUGGAGAUGUUUACGCUGCAAUUCAUGACAUGGAGGAGAUUCAGGAUUAUAUCUGUGUAGGUCAAACAAGAGAUUCAGAUGGAGAACACAGGGCUGUUCUCUUUAUCCGAAUGAAGGAGGGAUACACUUUCACUCCAGAAUUCAAAGAGAAAGUGGAACAAAGGAUAUUUGAUGAACUGUGGGCUGACUGCGUACCUCAAGUCAUACUUGAAAUUCCCGAAGUGCCUUACAAUCUAAACAACAAGAGAAUGGAAAGUGUUGUGAGAGCCAUCAUUGCCACAAACAAGAUACCUGAAGUGAAUACCAUCAAAAAUCCAAACUGCUUACCUCAUUUUUGCAACAUACCAGAAAUCGUUGAUUUUAUGAAGAACUAAGAUUUUAUGAAGAACUAAGUCUUAAGAACAAAUGUAAAACUUUUGUGUGUAACAGAAUUACUGUAGCUUUUAAUAAAAAAAAAUUCUCUAACAACCUUAAGACUUAGACAAAAUCACUUUGAUUCUUUUUUUAACCACUUAAAAAUGAAGAAAAAGAAAAGAGCAUAAAUAAAAAAAAAACUUAAUGAA